UCCCACCCUAAAACCCUUCUUCUAAACCCUGUUUCAGUGUUUCUUCUUCUCCGGCUCCAAGUGAAACAACACAAGCUCGCGGAGCUAAGAGACGUUUCCACAUGGCACCGCAUUCCAAAAUAUCGCAUUCAAAGAAGAACAAUGACUCAGGAGACAAGCCGAAAAUCGAUAAGGCCUCGAAGAAAAUAUUCAAACCUAAGAAGAGGGAACAAAACGACGCCGUCGCCGCCGCUAAGUCAGAAGCACUCACUUUGCAGCUAGAAGACGAGGUUCCCGAUUUCCCUCGAGGUGGAGAAUUUUCUGCGAGCCGAAGGAGUGAUUACGAUGAGUUUGGUGCCGAGGAUCACUCGAGAAAGCCGAAGAAAAAGAAGGGGAAAAAUGCGUCGAGUAAGAGUAAGGAAGCCGCAGAUGAUUGGGGCUCGCUUUCCGGUGAUGGCAUCAGCGGAAAAUUGCCGCGGCGUGUGAAUAGAAUUACUCUCAAGAAUAUAACUCCUGGAAUGAAGCUUUGGGGAGUUGUUGCUGAAGUAAAUGAAAAAGACCUUGUAGUUAGUUUACCUGGGGGUUUACGUGGAUUAGUUCAUGCUUCAGAUGCAUUGGAUCCUAUUUUUGACGACAAAGUUGAGGUCGGGGAAAUUUUCCUUUCUGGUUUAUUUUGUGUUGGGCAGCUGGUUUCUUGUGUUGUACUGAGAUUGGAUGAUGACAAGAAAGAGAAAGGAAGCAGGAAAAUUUGGCUUUCUUUGCGUCUUUCCUUGUUGCAGAAGAACUACAACUUGGAUGUUGUUCAGGAAGGCAUGGUCCUUGCUGCAUAUGUCAAAAGCAUUGAAGAUCAUGGAUACAUUCUUCAUUUUGGUUUGGCUUCUUUCACAGGGUUCUUACCGAAAAACAGCUCUGCUGAAGGCUUGGGUGGUGAAGUAAAACUUGGGAAACUUCUGCAAGGUUUAGUUAGGAGCAUUGAUAAAGUUCGUAAAGUGGUUUACUUAAGUUCUGACCCUGAUACAAUGUCCAAAAGUGUGACCAAGGAUCUCAAAGGUGUUUCGAUUGAUCUUCUAGUUCCAGGAAUGAUGGUAAAUGCCCGUGUGAAGUCAAUCCUUGAUAAUGGUGUUAUGUUAUCAUUUCUCACAUAUUUCACUGGAACUGUUGAUCUGUUUCAUUUGCAAAAUAUUUAUCCUGGAUCAGACUGGAAGGAUAAGUAUGGUGAAUCUCAAAAGGUUGUUUCUCGGAUAUUAUUCAUUGAUCCAUCAAGUAGAGCUGUUGGUUUGACGCUGAAUCCACAUCUUGUUCUGAACAGGCCCCCUCCUUUUCAUGUUAACAUUGGAGAUAUAUAUGACAAGUCAAAAGUUGUUAGGGUGGAUAAAGGAUCAGGAUUAUUGCUUGAAGUUCCAUCAAUUCCUGAGCCAACUCCAGCUUUUGUCAGUAUAUCUGAUAUUGCUGAAGAGGAGAUCCAAAAACUUGAGAAGAAGUAUAAGGAAGGAAAUCAUGUUCGAGUUCGGAUUCUUGGGUUAAGAUAUUUAGAAGGAAUUGCUACAGGAGUUUUGAAGGCUAGUGCUAUUGACGAAGCUGUGUUUACUCAUUCUGAUGUCAAGCCAGGCAUGGUGGUGAAGGCUAAGAUUCUUUCGGUUGACAGCUUUGGUGCCAUAGUGCAAAUUCCUGGUGGUGUGAAGGCACUUUGUCCUCUUCGACAUAUGUCUGAAUUGGAAAUUUCAAAGCCUGGAAAAAAAUUUAAGGUGGGAGCUGAAUUGGUUUUCCGCGUGCUUGGUUGCAAGUCAAAAAGAGUGACAGUUACACACAAGAAAACCCUUGUGAAAUCGAAACUUGGGAUUAUUAGUUCAUAUGCUGAUGCAACUGUUGGUUUGAUAACCCAUGGAUGGAUAACAAAGAUAGAAGUUCAUGGAUGCUUUGUACGGUUUUAUAAUGGGGUUCAAGGUUUUUCUCCCAGAUCUGAACUUGGAUUAGAGCCAGGUGCUGAUCCAGUUACAGUGUACAAUGUUGGGCAAGUUGUCAAAUGCCGGGUUGUAAGUUCCAUUCCUGCUUCAAGGAGGAUCAACCUUAGUUUCAUAAUAAAGGCCACAAGGGUUACUGAAGAUGAUAUGGUUACAUUGGGUAGCCUUGUUUCAGGAGUGGUUGACAGAAUAACAUCUACCGCUGUAGUUGUUUAUGUCAAUGCAAGUGGUUUCUCAAGGGGUACAAUAUCUAUGGAGCACUUGGCAGAUCAUCAUGGACAAGCUAUUUUGAUGAACUCACUAUUGAAACCUGGAUAUAAUUUUGAUCAACUACUGGUUCUAGAUGUUAAGGGAAACAAUUUGAUUCUGUCUGCCAAAAGUUCUCUUAUCAAACAUGCUCAGCAGAUUCCUGCAGAUAUCAAUCAGAUACAUCCUAACUCUGUUGUACAUGGCUAUAUAUGUAACUUAAUUGAGUCUGGCUGCUUUGUUCGUUUCCUUGGUCAUUUAACUGGUUUUGCUCCAAGAAAUAAGGCUGCUGAUGACCAGAAAACCAAUAUUUUGGAAGCUUAUUACAUUGGGCAAUCAGUUCGCAGCAAUGUAUCCAAUCUUAGUAGUGAAACUGGUAGAGUAACACUCUCUCUAAAGCAGACAGCAUGUUCUUCAACUGAUGCAUCAUUUAUUCAGGACUACUUUCUGAUGGAUGAAAAGAUUGCUGAGUUGCAAAGCCUUGGUGCUGGUGCAUCUGAUUUAAAGUGGGUUGAAGGAUUUAAAAUUGGUACGGUUGCAAAAGGGAAAGUUGAGGAUGUUAAGGAUGUCGGUCUUGUUAUAAGCUUUAGAAAGUACAAUGAUGUUUUUGGUUUUAUUACCAAUUAUCAGUUGGCUGGAGCUAGUUUGGAGGCUGGCUCUGUGGUAGAAGCAUUGGUUCUUGAUGUUGCAAAGGCAGAACGGCUCGUUGAUUUGACUCUAAAACCAGAGUUCAUUAAUAAAUCCAAAGAAAGUUCCAUAAGUCAUACGAACAAGAAGAAACGUCGAAGAGAGGCAUCAAAGGACUUGGUAUUGCAUCAGACUGUGAAUGCAGUGGUGGAAAUAGUAAAAGAAAAUUACUUGGUUGUAUCAAUUCCAGAAAGUGAUCACACUAUAGGAUAUGCAUCAGUGUCUGACUAUAAUACUCAAAGGUGUCCUCAUAAACAAUACCUAAAUGGGCAGAGUGUUUUUGCAACUGUCAUGGCUCUUCCAAGCCCUGAAACAUCAGGGAAGUUGCUUUUACUUCUCAAUGAGGUCAACGAGACAUCUAGUUCUAAAAGAACCAAGAAGAAGUCUAGCUAUAAAGUGGGAACUCUUGUUGAGGCAGAGAUUACUGACAUCAAAACACUUGAACUGAAAGUGAAGUUUGGAUUUGGUCUACCUGGCAGGAUUCACAUAACAGAGGUACAUAAUGGAAAUGUUUUGGAAAAUCCAUUCUCUAGCUACAAAAUUGGGCAAACAGUGACUGCAAGGAUUGUUGCAAAACCUAAUGAAACAGAUGGCAAUAGGAAGUUAUCACAGUGGGAGCUAUCAGUCAGACCUGAAAUGGUUACAGGUUCCAGUGAUAUAGGAGAUGAUGUACCUGAAAAUCUUGAGUUUAAAGUUGGGCAAUGUCUGGCUGGUUAUGUAUAUAAAGUAGAACGUGAAUGGGUAUGGUUAACAAUAUCUCGAAAUGUUAGGGCUCAGCUAUAUAUUCUUGACAGUGCUAUUGAACCCAAUGAGCUUGAGGAUUUCCAGAAUCGAUAUCGUGUUGGACAACUUGUUUCUGGUCACGUUCUAAGUAUGAACAAUGAGAAGAAGCUAUUGCGGUUGGUUCCACGCCCCUUUUCUAGUCUCCCUUGCAGAACUAGUGAAGAGCCACAAAUUAAUGUUGUGGAUAAGGAUUUAGCAGCAUAUGUUCAUGAAGGAGAUAUUUUAGGUGGAAGGAUUAGUAAAAUACUUCCAGGUGUUGGUGGAUUGCUUGUCCAAGUUGGUCCUCACACAUAUGGAAAAGUACAUUUUACUGAACUUGCAGACACAUUGGUGCCUGAUCCGUUGUCUGAAUAUCAAGAAGGGCAGUUUGUCAAAUGUGUAGUUCUUGAAAUCAGCCACACUGUCAAGGGUACUAUCCAUGUUGAUUUGUCAUUGCGAUCUUCUAAUGUGAUGCUUUCCCAGGAUUCUGGAGAUGUUCACAGCAUUGUGAAUUCUAAUGGCAAAUGUGUGGAGAAGAUUGAGGAUCUUCAUCCUGAUAUGAUUGUAAAGGGUUAUAUUAAGAAUGUCACACCAAAAGGAUGCUUUAUUAUGCUCUCACGAAAGAUUGAUGCUAAAAUUCUUCUAUCAAAUCUAUCCGAUCAAUAUGUAGAAGUACCUGAGAAAGAAUUUCCUAUUGGAAGACUUGUAAUUGGCAGGGUUAUAUCUGUGGAGCCUCUUUCAAAUCGUGUUGAAGUUACACUGAAGACAUCAACAGUUCCCAAGAAACCCAAAUCUGAGAUCAUUGAUUUAAGUAAAUUUCAUGUUGGAGGUGUUAUAUCUGGAAGGAUUAAGCGGGUUGAGUCAUUUGGUUUAUUCAUUGCAAUUGACAACACAGACAUGGUUGGAUUAUGUCAUAUAUCAGAAAUUUCUGACGACCAUAUUGAGAACAUUGAAGCAAACUAUAGAGCUGGGGAGAGAGUAAAUGCAAAAAUAUUAAAGGUGGAUGAAGAAAGACAAAGAAUUUCUUUGGGAAUGAAGAAUUCAUAUAUGAGUGAUAAAACUGUGCUUCAAAUACCAUCAGAGGAAGGAUCAGAUGAACCUGUUGCAGAUGGAAUGAAGUCUAUAGAUGUCGCGGAUGAAAUUAAUCAAUUCCCAAUUCUUACACAAGCACGACAAAGGGCAGACAUUCCACCACUUGAUGUUGCCCUUGAUGACUUUGAUCAAUUUGAUGCAAAUAAUGCUAAUAGUCAAGGUGAAAAGCAUGCAAAUGAAGAAGACACUAUAAAUGAAAAGCAUAAGAGGCAUGAAAAGAAGAAAGCAAAGGAGGAGAGGGAAAAGCAAAUAAGGGCUGCUGAGGAAAGAUUACUGGAGGAGGAUGUACCUAGAACUGCUGAUGAGUUUGAAAAGCUGAUUAGAAGCUCUCCUAAUAGCAGUUUCAUCUGGAUAAAAUACAUGGAUUUCAUGAUUUCUAUGGCUGAUGUCGAGAAAGCCCGCUCAAUUGCUGAAAGGGCUUUGAGGACAAUAAAUAUCCGAGAAGAAAACGAGAAGCUUAACAUAUGGAAGGCCUACUUUAAUUUGGAAAAUAAGUAUGGUAACCCUACAGAGGAGGCCGUAAUGAAACUAUUCCAAAGAGCUCUUCAGUACAAUGAUCCCAAAAAGGUCUAUCUAGCACUCUUGGGGAUGUACGAGAGGACUGAGCAGCAUAAUUUAGCAGAUGAACUUCUCAAUAAAAUGACAAAGAAGUUCAAGCAUUCAUGCAAAGUUUGGUUGAGGCGUAUACAAAGUCUUCUAAGGCAGAAGCAAGAUGGAAUCCAACCUCUAAUCGAUCGAGCUUCAUUAAGCCUUCCCCGACAUAAGCACAUUAAAUUUUUCUCUCAGACAGCUAUUCUUGAAUUCAAGGUUGGGGUUCCUGAUCGAGGGCGAUCCUUGUUUGAAAAAAUUCUACGGGAAUAUCCAAAGAGAACAGACUUGUGGAGUGUUUAUCUCGAUCAAGAAAUUCAACUUAAAGAUGAAGAUAUGAUUCGUGCAUUGUUUGAAAGGGCUGUUAGUCUGAGCCUCCCACCCAAAAAAAUGAAGUUCUUGUUCAAAAAGUAUCUUGAUUAUGAGAAGUCCCAAGGUGAUGAAGAACGAAUUGAAUCUGUGAAGAGGAAAGCAAUGGAAUAUGUUGAGAGUACUCUGGCUUGAUAUAGAUUCGACAUUACUUUAGUUUUGAAUUUUACAGUUUGCAGCCAUUCUGGAGUCCGAGCUGGAUAUCCCAAGACAAAGUUUAUGAGGCAUGAUAACUUAAAAUUACAAGUUUUCCUAAAUCACUGGGAAACAGGAUUUGAUCUUGGUUGGUUGCUUCUGUAAAUGGAGUGGUUCUGCAGCAGCAUAAAUUGAGCGUUUGGUUGAGUAUACAAUGUGAGAUGUGAAUGCAUCAAUUGAGCACAGGAGAAAGGUAGACAUUUGAUAACAAAGAGGAAAUAUAGGUCCCUGUAUUCUUUUUUUUUGUCCUGUUUAUUCUAUUUAAACUGUUAUUUUUUGCUUUGACGCUAUUUGUAACAUUACGCAGCCGAUCUGUCUUGAGCGCAGAGGUUAGGAAAAUUUUGUAAUAUUUGGGAGUGUUUGAUUAUAACCAAUUUUGAGAAUGUAACCAUUAUUUUAUCAUCGCA